AGAGGGAGGAAGGGAAAGAGAGCGAGGGAGGGAGGGGAAAAAAGAGCAAGCAAGCAUAGGAAGAGACAGCAAUUGGCUGUCAGUAGCAGGGACAACAGGAGCACAGCAAGAAAAGAGAUAGGCGACAGAGAGGGUCAGAAAUGGGGAGAGAAGCCGACAUGAAAUGACUAUGAAAUGAAAACACCAAAGACAGCAAAACCACCAGUCCUCCAACACUUAAUGGUGUCACAAAACGUGGGCUGAUCCAGACAAUGUCUUACAAAGACUUUCAGAAUGAACUCUAUGCUAUUGGUAACAAGCUAUGGCUCAAACUCCAGAGACUACCCAAGGCUGAACCAGUUGAAAUUGUGUCCUUUUCUGUCAUUAUCUUAUUCAUUGCUGUAGUACUUUUGAUGAUCAUCAUCGCAUGCAGUUGUUGCUGUGGCCAGUGCUGCAGUGGAAGCCCUAAGAAAAAGAGCAGGAAGAUUCAGGUUCGACCAGCGGUCCACGCAUAAGAAAUGAUUGCAGAACAUAUGAGGAAAGAGUAUGCAACCAUGCUCAGUCCUGGCAGAGGAACGGCCUCAUGUAUCAGCGUGGAGAACAUGACAGACUGAAAGCACCAAGCAAAGAAAAAGGUGGAAGAAUAGGAGAUUAAACUUCAAGCGGACUAUGGUCUUAUGCAAUGGCCAUCAUAGGAUGCUGAUAAAGUCAGGGAGUUCAUAGAUUUUUUUCUAUUUUUUUCCUAUUACAAACAGUAGUGGUAUAAUCAAGAUACUAAGAUGAGAGUGACACACUUGGCUGCUAUAGAAAAUGAAAAAACAAAACAGCAAAUAAUGUCCCAAAGAAAUUUUCAUGGAUUAAAGCAAAUUCUGCUUCUUGACAAAGGAGAGUUCCAGAGAGAUACAGAGUACGAGAACUACCCAAUGAACUCCAAACUACGUGCAAAUGUUCAGCAGAACAAAUUACAAUAUGAGCAGUGUUUGAUCUGGCUGCUCUACUGUCCACAACCAAGAGAACUAAAUCAUAUGUCUGACCAAAUAAUUCAUUCAGGAGAAAAGAUAAUGCAGCCUUGCAGCUGACACAUAAUCUUAGAGACUGCAAAAGAAAAACAGGAGCAAUCCUCUUUCCUUUACUAAGAAUAAUGCCAAAGAAAACUAACAUACCUAUUUGCAAUUGUCAUUGCUUAUCCAAGGAGGUAGGAGAAAGUAUAUUGAAAGCUGUAAUGUUAUAUUGUUCUAUGUGCCUGAUUUAAAGUGAGUAUCUUCCUCUUUCCUUUUCCUUGUAAAGAAAGGAAAUAUAGUGUGUUCUUACCCCAGGCACAGAAUUAUUUUACUUGCAUGUUACAAACCAGUUUUAGUCCAAGAAAUAGGGGGAAAUGAGCCACAUUGUCCACUUGCAUAUUUCAAAUUUACAAGCCAAGUACAUUUUCAAGGGGGGGGGGGGUGAUGUAACACAUAGUUUAUAUUGAACUGCUGCCAAUUGUAAGGCCACUGAGUCCCCUUUAGGAUGAGAAGAGUGGGAUAUAAAUAUAGUAAGUAAAUAAAUAAAUAAAUAAAUAAAUACAUAAUUGUAACACCAUAUUUAAGGCAGUUUGAACAAGAGGACUCCACCCCACCCCCCCAAAAAAAGACACCCUUUCAUUUCAGAUCCUCUUAUUUGUUACCCAUAAAAGGGAUACCAAAUGCACCAUUCCUUGUGGCCUGUAGUUUAAAGUAUAUUUAGCCACAGUAAGAUGCCAAAUUACAGUGAGGGCUGUGUUAAUUCAAGAAAUGUGUGCAGCAGCUGGCCGAUGGCAUUAUAACAACUGGUAAAGCAAAAGUACAGCCAAGAAUGAGCUUCUCAGUUAGGUUUACAACUAAAAAGGAAGGCUGUCUGUAUAUUUGGCUUCUUCUUCUGGGAACCUCAAACAGACUUACACAUGUGCAAGGCCGUGGCACAUGUAAUGGAGCUUGGCAUGUGUAAAUGGAAACAGAAAAGGUGGAGAAUGGGAAUACAGUAAAAAUCUAAUGAAUUAAAUGCACUGGUGACAUAAUGAAAGGAUUAACAAGGUAAUCAGUAAUUAAGCAUAUCUACAAGCCUUCCCAUCUGUAUUAGUUUAGAAUGUCAAAAUUAUACUGUACUGCAAAAAGGAAAAAUAAUCCAUUAAAACAGCUACAUACCACAAGCAAAUAACUGAGAAUUAUCCAUAGAAGGUCAUUUGACAUUUCUCAGUCCAAAUAAUAUUCCUUUAUUUGUAAUUUCCUUUUUUUAAGUGAUGCAUUUAACCAGGUCAACCCUGUUAUAUAAGAAUCUGAGGGAUUAGUAACCAAAGAGCAAUGGUACACAAAAGGACAGAAUGAAAAAAAAAAACCUACAAAGCAACACCAUAAAAGAAUUCUUAUUUUACAGCCAUCUUACUAAAGUAGCAUGAUGUCUAACGACCACUAAUGCUUUUUCAGCAGUAGAAGCAACUGAAGCCUUCUUCUUCUUCAUUAUUCUUUAAAAGCUACAAGAAUAAGAGAUUCUUGUCAGUUUUAUGUUUCAUUAUUUCCUCUUUCUGCCAUCAUGACAAGGGACCACACUGGCCAGAUGCAGUAAUUGACAAAAGUUGCUCAUUUCCCAGAAAGAUUUUGCAAAACCGAAGUGUCUAGAUAUCAUUGCACAAACAUUUUGGCAACUACAACAUUAACACAGAAAGUUGGCUCAAAGGAGCAUAGACACUGCUAACAAUCAGAGAGUGAGAAAAUGGUACAACAAGCAGUAUUGUAUAAAUUUAGUGUCAGCUAUACUGCGAACAGUAGGUAUUAAAGCUCUUCCCCCAUCAACGAGUAACAGCAACUGAAACAAUGGAGGACAUAAUACAUGUAGUAUUAUUAAUUAUAAUCAUCUUUGUGCAAAUAUUUGCAAAGAUAUGUUUUAGGACGACUUUUAUAUAAGUAAUCAUAUUACGUCAGUAAAGAACAUUACAAUUGAGCAAUAAUUUAUAGAAUAUCACAGUACAGUAGAGUCUCGCUUAUCCAACCUUUGCUCAUCCAACAUUCUGUAUUAUCCAAAGCAAUCUGCCUCCUGCCUAAAUUCACAGCUGUAUCAAUACAUUGCAACGUUUUGGUGCUAAAUUCGUAAAUACGGUAAUUACUACAUGUUGAACUGCUUUUUCUGUCAAUUUGUUUUAAAACAUGAUGUUUUAGUGCUUAAUUUGUAAUAUCAUAAUGUAAUUUGACGUUUAAUAGGCUUUUCCUUAAUCCCUCCUUAUUAUCCAACAUUUUCGCUUACCCAACGUUCUGCUGGCCCAUUUAUGUUGGAUAAGCGAGACUUUACUGUAUGUGUGACUGUUCUUAACAAACAGCACUUUGGCCUUAUUCACAGAAGUUCUGAUAAGAUUUGUAAGAAAUUAUCACACAGAAGGACUGGAUGUCAAAUCUUGUUAUUUUCAUAAUCUCACAAAUGCCUAGUGGUAAGCUUUGGAUUUUCAAGAGGAAAAAUAUCAUAGAUAUUCUGGUACAAUGAUUUAACAUAGAAAACCAUGUUUAUUACAUACUUGAUGUCUGAGCUUCACAACUUUUUGACCCAUUAAGCUGACUGCAGCCCCCCAAUAAAAGACUACAUGACUAAUGUACCUAUAGAAAUGUGAGUACUAGUCAUGCAAGACUUCUGAUACAGCUCUAUAUAUUUCUGGGUGUUUGGCUUCCUCUGGCUUUUGGCUUCCUCUAGUUUCUGCUCUCCCAGACAGACUGGAAAAACAAACUGAUCAAGGCCUAGAUGAACUGCUUCUCUGUGUUCCCCUUGCUGGGACACUUCUUACUCAGGCCUACACUAAAACAAACAAUGAACUUGUUCAUUGAUCCUUACUGUUUGCCCUAUAUGCAUACAUGGGUUUGUUUGUUUAGUUAAAAAUCUUUGCAGACUGAUUAAGACAUACCAGUUUAUUUAUUCUGGGUGUGUCUAUUUCAAGAGUUACUGCCUUCUGGGAAAGGGUUGGUACAGAAAAGGAGAACCAGCAAUUAUACAACGACAACCAAUAGUAAUUUAAUUUCAAACUCAGCUGUUUCUUUAAAUAUGCACAGCCAGAACAUAUCUCAAGGCAAAGGGGCAACAUGGCACAAUGAUAAAACUAAGCUUUGGAUCAGACAGUGUGUUUCUGUUUGUUCAAUAAGGAGCAUUAAAGAGACAUUUUGUAUCCUGAA